AUGAAUGAGCACGUUGCUAAACAGAAUCAGCUUCGCCGACUCAUCCUUCGAGCUCUCGACAACUUUAAGAAGAUCGGAAAAACUAAUCUGACUCCUGCCAAAGUGCGUUCACGAAUCUCAAGUCUAAAGGAUUCAUGGAGUCGAUUCCUAGACGGUCACGCCACACUCUGCAAGGUCGUGCCCGAAGCAUCUCAAGCAUCACUGGACUAUUUCCGCGACGAGCUUUUCGACGACACGGAGGAGGCCUUCCAAAGCGCGCUUGAUUUCAUGGCCGAAAGUUUGGAAGAAUUGGAGCCGCCUGUAAGUCCAAACUCCUCGCUCGGUCAGUCUCCAAUUCGACUAUCGAAACCUGCGACAACGCUUAAUCAUUUGCCUCCCAUAAGCCUUCCUCCGUACGAUGGUUCAUUCGAAUCAUGGGAGUCGUUUCGCGAUCGCUUCACCGCAUUAAUAAUCGAAAACCGCGAAUUGAGUAACGUCACGCGAAUGCACUUUCUAACGUCAUGCGUUGCCGGCCGAGCGCGGGAAUGUAUUCGAGAUUUGGCAGUGACCGCCGAUAACUUCGAAACCGCGUGGAAUCUAUUAACCGCUCGGUUCGAGAAUAAACGACGGAUUCUAAACGGACAUCUCACCUCAAUACUUAAUUUACCGGUAAUAUCGCGCGAAUCGGCUUCGGAGUUGUCGGCGCUUUGCGAUAAAGUUACCGCCACAAUCGCGGCCAUAACCAAUAUGCAGAGGAGUCCCGCUCAGCUCUGGAACGAUAUGCUCGUGCAUAUUGUCGUAAAUAAACUCGACUCCCCAACGCGCAAAGCAUGGAAUCUCCGCAGUGGACCGAGUGACGAGCUGCCAUCGUUCGACGAGCUCAAAACAUUUCUCGCGUCUCGCGCUCGGGCUCUCGAGGAUCUCACUGAGAGUUCGGCAGGAAAAACGCAUUCUCGAUUAACGCAAAAGGUCAACGUAGCGAUUGCAUCCACCUCGAAAUCGUGUCCUUUGUGUAAAGACAACCAUCCAUUCAGUGCAUGUUCUCUUUUUGUAAAAAACAAUGCGAUCAAGCGUCGUGAACUCGCGUCUCGGCAUCGACGGUGCUUUAAUUAUUUAAGCGAUAAGCAUAAUCGGAAGGAUUGUAAAAGUCAAUAUUCAUGUCGCGAAUGUCAUCGUAAGCAUCACACGUUGUUACACGUCGGCGCUCCCGCCACGGUGAUUACAAAUGUUUCACCGCAGACCGAAAGCUCCGCUUGCGAGGCCGAAGCCGGGUUUACGGAUUCACAGAUCGCUCCUCCACUGAUUAAAACUAAUUCGCUUCUAACGGCAACCCGUGUACGUUCUCAAUCGCAUGUUUUGUUAGCAACGGCUAUAGUAAAAGUCAGCUGUGCAUCAGGUCGUUCCGUCAGCGUCCGCGCCCUCCUCGAUCAAGGAUCCGAAGUGACCUUUAUUUCCGAGAGCGUAGCGCAGAUGCUCCGAAUCAAACGAAUCCGGAAGUCCGUGACUGUAUCUGCCGUAGGCGGACUAAACGCCGGAACAGUCCAUCAUGCUGCCGAUAUAAAAAUCUCGUCUCACGGUAAUUCGCCCACCAUUGUUUCAACCAUAGCACUCAUAUUACCGAAUCUCACGUCCUACGCACCGAAACGCGUCUCGGACAUUGCAUCGUGUUCUCAUUUAAACGGUUUGCAGUGGGCUGAUUCGGAUCCACUCAGUAACGUUCCGAUUCAUAUUAUUAUUGGCGCUGACCUUUAUGGCAGCAUUCUAUUAGAAGGUUUGCGUAAAGGCAAAGCAACCCAGCCUAUUGCUCAGAAUAUCAUUUUCGGAUGGAUUCUCUCUGGUCCACUCGACCACGCAACUAGUCCGUCAGCACCAACAUUGAAGGACAGUCAAUCGGCAAAGGACAUCUCCGUCUUCCAUUGUCUCACGCUCCCGUCGCUCGAAAACGCCAUUCGAAAAUUUUGGGCGGACGAGGAAAUUCAAAGGCCGAUUCCUCUCUCUAUAGAAGACGAGCAAUGCGAUGAAUAUUUUCGAUCCUCGCAUUCUCGAACAGCGGACGGUCGCUACAUAGUCCGCCUGCCUUUCAAAAACCCCUCCCCGAUUCUCAUCGGAGAUUCUCGCGGUCGCGCGGAGAAACUUUUAAAUUCACUGUUACAUCGAUUAAAAGAAAACGAGACCUUAGCUGCUCAAUACAAAGAGUUUCUAGCUGAAUACGAGCAGCUGGGACAUAUGCGCCGCGCGCCCGUCGGAUCAACGUCCCUCUCACAGUGCGUGUAUCUUCCUCAUCACCCAGUUGUACGCGACAACAGUGUUACAACGCGCGUGCGAGUCGUCUUCAACGCGUCAUUCGUUACUUCUAACGGCACUAGUUUAAAUGAUCAUCUUCUCAUCGGGCCAAAGCUCCAACUGGACCUACCGGCCGUUAUUCUCAAAUGGCGUCAAUUCAAGUAUGUGUAUGCCGCUGACGUCACAAAAAUGUAUAGGCAAAUUUUGAUAGACCCUCGCGAUGUAAAUUUUCAACGGAUCUUGUGGAAAUCCGCAAAUGAAGCGGUGCCGAUCGAAUAA